GUACUGUUAAUAAUUUCAAGAAAAUAACAAAAAAGAAAGUAAUAAUUAUUUAUUUAUUUAUUUAUUUUUUAAUUCAAUAUGCCCUCUUGUCCCUCUCAUCACACUCACUCACUCACCCUCCUUUUUUUAUUAUUUAUUAUCAUGAUCUUCUCUUUCUCCUUCUCACUACUUUUUCUCAAUAUCCAUGUUUAUAGUACUAUCAUCUAUGGCGGAAUUUGAAAUUCUCUUCUUCCCAUUCUUUUCAUCAUUAUUCUCUCUAUUUUUCAGUACAACUUUAUCUCUUCUUGUUUCGUUAUUAUUACUAGUCACGACCAUAAUAACAAUAUUCCAAUUAAUAGUGAGGCCAAAACUAUGGUGUAAUUGCAAAAUAUGCCAGAGUUAUUUAACGUCGAGUUGGUCAAACCAAUUCGUCAAUCUCUGCGAUUGGUACACACAUCUCCUCACAAAAUCUCAAACCAAAACAAUCCACAUACACGUACUGGGCAACACCAUAACGGCUAACCCGGAAAACGUGGAGUACAUGUUGAAGACCCGUUUUGAAAAUUUCCCAAAAGGGAAGCCCUUCUCUGCAAUAUUAGGAGAUUUUCUAGGUCAAGGCAUAUUCAACGUCGACGGAGAGCUUUGGAGGUUCCAAAGAAAGAUGUCAAGUCUCCAACUCCAUAGAUAUUCCAUUAAAUCUUUCGCUUUUGAGAUUAUCAAUAGCGAGAUUCAAACUCGUCUCGUCCCGAUUCUUGUUUCGUCCGUACAGACCUCGGAAUUUUUGGACUUACAAGAAGUGUUUCGCCGAUUCUCCUUUGACACCAUAUGUCGAUUCUCGUUCGGGCUCGAUCCGAUUCGUCUGGAAGCGAUUUCUUCUGUUCCCAUGUCAGAAUUCGCCUUCUCAUUUGACUUGGCUUCGAGAUUGUCAGCCGAGCGAGCCAUGAGGUCUUCGCCUUUGGUUUGGAAAGUAAAGAGACUUUUCAAUUUGGGUUCUGAAAAGAGACUGAAGGAAGCUGUUAAGGUGAUUGAUUCACUAGCUAGAGAAGUUAUUAAGGAGAAGAGAGAAUUGGGGUUAUCGAUGAAUCAUCAACACAAAGAUCUCUUGUCACGUUUCAUGCGUACUGUAAAAAACGAAGACGAAACGUUUCUUAGAGAUAUCAUAGUGAGUUUUCUCUUAGCUGGGAGAGACACUGUUGCAUCGGCUUUAACAAGCUUCUUCUGGCUCAUGGCCAAAAACCCGGACGCCCGUCUAAAAAUCCAAGUCGAAGCGGAUCGGAUAAUCGGAUCGGGUCAACCCGUUAAGAGAUUUGAACAAAUGCAAGAGCUUCAUUAUCUAGAGGCGGCGAUAUACGAGAGCAUGAGGCUUUAUCCUCCGAUACAGUUUGACUCAAAGUUUUGUGUGGACGAUGAUGUUUUACCCGAUGGGACUUUUGUGAAGAGAGGGACUAGGGUUACGUACCACCCUUACGCCAUGGGAAGAAAUGAAGAAAUUUGGGGAACUGAUUGUUUGGAGUUCAAACCAGAGAGGUGGUUAAACGAUGGCGUUUUCUGUUCUCAAAACCCUUAUAAGUACCCAGUGUUUCAAGCUGGACACAGGGUGUGUUUGGGGAAAGAUAUGGCCAUGGUGGAGCUUAAAAGCGUGGCACUCUCUCUUCUCCGCCGCUUCGAAAUCGAGCUAGCGCCGCCACAAUACCGGAUGCCACGGUUUUCUCCCGGCCUUACUGCCACCUUCAGCGGUGGCCUUCCGGUGUUGGUGAAAGAGAUGAAAACUACUGUGCCAAUAUCAUCAUGAGGGUAUUCAUACGUAUACAAUAUACCAUUAUUCAUACAUAUUAUUCGGUCACUAUUUUUUUUUAGUUUUUACUUUUCUUGUGCAUAUAUUAUUUUGAGAAAUGCUAAUUACAACCUUCUAUUACAAUGUCUUAGUAAAUCUCUACGUCCGAAAUCACAUGCCGAAAUAUUUUUUUUAAUUUUUUUCAUAGCGGUAUUCGUUAUAGUUACAGUAUCAUCCCUGUCAAUUUUUGAAAAAUUCUGAAUAGUUUACAGUUCCGAAAACAGAGUUCCUGAUAUUCCAGUUUACCACGCGUGUUCAAAAAACUUCAAACGUACUUUUGGCACUAUAAACUAUUCAAAAUUUUUCAAAAAUUUACAGAUAUGAUAUUGUAAGCAUAAUGAACACCCCCAUCAAAAAAAAAUUUAAAAAAAAAAAUCUCGACAUAUGUUUUCGGACGUGGAGGUUUACUAAGAGGUUGUAACAGGAAGUUGAGAGUAGCACCCCUCUAUUACUUUUGAGUCGUAAAUCAUCUGGAUUGUCUAAAAAAACUUUAUAAACCUAUUUUUACACUUUAAACUGUUUAAAUUUUUUAGCCAUAUAUAUGGAAUAUUACUCUAUUAAGCCAAGUUGGUUGAAGAGGCACUGGUUUAUGAGGAAAGUGACGUAUCAUAUAUGUGUGAGACCUAAAUUUUAUUAGCAUCACACAAAUACACAAUCAUUUAUAUGUGUUAGCAGAAUAUAUUGUCUGGUUUGUGUCGGUUAGGAGAUUUUUAUCUGGUGUGUAAGAAAAUCAUGAUGAUCGCCACGUGGCUUUUUUUUCAAGAGAGGGUGAUGAUGGAAGUGGUACUAUAUAUACUCCUUUGGCUCUUGUUAAUUUUGAUGACACACCAAAAUCUUCAGAUAUUCGGUACGUAUGCGUUGUACGAUCAUGGAUCUGAUCUGAUCUGAUUUCGAACAAUUGUAAUGAAAUUAUAAGUUUGCUGAAGAAGAUAGUAUGAUCAUGAUCAUGAUUAUGAUUAUUAGUUAUAAGUACGUACGUAUAAAUUGUAUAAUUGUCUUGUACUUGAAAUUUGAUAGGGAUUCUUGUAUUAAUGCAAAUGUUUUUGUGGCGGGUAUAUUAGCUUGCUAGCUUAAUAAUUUACUAUUUUUUUUUUUAAUUUCCUUUUAUAUAUACUAGGAAA